AUGAAUGCAGGGGAAGUUUUAAUUUUAAACUUGAAAAUUAUUAUUGCUACUAUGAUCUGUUUUGAAAAGUUUAGAGAAGAUAAUGUAGAUUUUUGUUCGUGCGAUCAUCCGUAUGAGGACAGGAGCUUGUCCACGUUCUCGUUUAUAGAGGCCUUCGUGUUGUGUUCAAUGAGAUGUUUACAAACAGCCAGCUGUGUGGCUUACAACUUCUUCAAUGCCACCAAUCAGUGCCAACUUUUCAAUCAAACAUUGAACAAGUUCUCUGUACCUCCCGGCUGCCAAUAUUAUCUCAAAAAAGGCGGACUGUUAGCUGGUACACCCUUAAAUACAUCCAGACCAAUAAGAGUUGGGAGUGCACUAAGAAAUAUUAUGACGGCUGGUACAAAAUUAAUUUUAAUCAUUCAACUUGGGCUCCGAGAUUCGUUGGAAAGAGACAGAGCUAUUCUGAUUCUCUAA